AUGAUUAUCGGAGUGAAUGAAAAGAGCCAGCGAAAGACGGGAUUAGAACUAUCCAAAGUGACAAGAAAUAUCCUUCUUUUGAUUUGCAUUUUACUAGGAUUGGCAUACAUUAUGAGAUCAACAUGCUUUCAUAGAUCAGAUGGAUACAUUCAAAGCAGCAUCCAAAUUAAUGAAAAACAAGAAAAACUUGGUGACUCUAUGACACAGCCAAAUAUGGCAGAGGUAACGGAUUUACAUUUUCAUGAUGACAGUCCGAAUUUGCAUAACAAAAAGGAAGACCCGAAGAAGAGAAGAGAUAAUAAGAAAGGUAACUCACUUUUGAAGCUGCCUUGGAUUCGAUUUUUAAUUGCAUUUGGCGUAUUCGUGGCUUUGAAUAUGCUCGUUAUAUGUAUCCACCAUAUUUAUCAAAAAUUGUCCAGCUCUGAAAAGUCAUAUAGGUCAAUUGAGCUGAAUAUUUCUCCGUUUUAA